AUGUUUAACCGGAGCGGUGGUACCGGUUGUGCGGGGCAGCCGCGGCCGGCUGGAGGUGGUUCCCACGGGACCGGCCGGGCGCUGCGGGCACCUCGAGCACCGGGUACUGGGGACCGCAUGAAACCAGAGGGGGAGCGGGGCGGGGACCCCCAGCAGGACCCCCGGCCCAGAACGCUCCCACGGGGCCAGGACAGACCGAGCCCUGGAGAGGAGCGGGGAGGGCCCGUGGAGGGCAGAGAGACGCGUCUGAGAGUGGUGCUAAGGGUCCGGCCGCUGACCUGCACGGAGACGCGGCGAGGUGACCAGCACGUUGUGCACAGCCUCGGUGACGGCGCCGUGCACGUGAGCGCGGCCAGGCACGAUGCCACGUUCGGCUUCAGCGCCGUGUUCGACGCCGGCGCCUCGCAGGAGGCCGUGUUCGAGGGCAGCGGGAUGAGGCAGCUGGUGGAGCUGGCCAUGGACGGAUUCUCCUGCACCGUCUUUGCCUUCGGGCAGACCGGCUCGGGAAAGACCUACACCCUGAUGGGACCCCUCGGCCAGAGCGACACCCAGCCGGCGUCCCCGGCCCUGCUGGGGCUGAUGCAGAGAUCCUUCACCUGCCUCCUGGAGCAGAGCCGGAGCCGUGCCUCUGACCUGGCUCUCAGCGCUUCCUACCUGGAGAUCUACAACGAACAGGUCCGGGACUUGCUGAGCCCGGGACCCCCGUGCGCUCUGCCCCUGCGCUGGAGCAAAUCCCGCGGCUUCUACGUGGAGAACCAGCUCAGUGUGGAAUUCGAGAGCCUGGAGGCCAUCGUCAGCCUGCUCCUGCAAGGUGCUGAGCCACACACACGGGGCUGGACGUGUUCAGGGCCUGCUAGACCCGGAUCCCAGAGGCGCCGGACAUCGGCACAUGCCCUCAACAGGCACUCGAGCCGCAGCCACGCCCUGCUGACCAUCCACGUCCGCAGCCGAGCCGCCAGCGCCUGCCCCAGCAAGCAGGGCACGCUGUGCUUCGUGGACCUGGCUGGCAGCGAGCGGGUGAAGGAGACUGGCUCCAGCGGGGAGCUCUCCGUGGAGGCCAACAGCAUCAACCGCAGCCUCCUGGCGCUGGGACACUGCAUCUCCCUGCUGGCCAAACCCCGAGGGAAGCGAACGCACAUCCCCUACCGGGACAGCAAGCUCACCCGGCUGCUGGCUCGCUCCCUGGGCGGCUCGGGCAUCACCCUGAUGGUCGCCUGCAUCUCCCCGUCCUCACGCUGCCUCUCAGAGACCCUGAGCACUCUCCACUACGCCAGCCGUGCCCGCAGGGUCACCACCAGACCCCUGGCCAACAGGGUGUCCCGGGAGAAGCUGCUGCAAACCUUGGAGCGAGAGAUCCACGCCCUGCAGCUGGAAAACCUCUCCCUGCGCCAGCAGCUGAGCCUGCCCAGAGUGCCAGUGAGGGGCACGGAGGUGGCAGGGAACCCUGCAAAGGCAUGGGCAGGCUCUGGGGACAGGCACGGCCCUGCAGGGCAGCUCCCACCAGAGGGAACCCCGGCCUGGCCCAGCCUCUACGGCCUCCUGCGGGACUUCGUGGUGGAGAACGAGCAGAUGAGGCAUCCCCAUCUGUCCCCACACCUCAGCGGUGACAUCCCAGCUGGCCCAUCCCACAGAAGCACCCGCAGCUCCUGUGACAGCCAGCCCCUGCUCCGGAGUGCCCGCAGCCUGCACGUCCCCCAGAGGCUCCCGGCCAGGCAGCGGCGGCCCGAAACCACACCCAGCUCCGUGCCGCGGCUGCCGAAGCUCCCUCCUGCCUCCAGCCACCCCAGCUGCCCACAGUGCUGCCCUGGGCCAGCUGAUGCCACCAUGUUCCAGGUGCUGCCAGCGCCCGCUGUGCCACAGCCAGUGCCCCCUGAGGGAAGUGCUGGGCAGGAGGACACGGCUCUGCCUGGCCCACAUCACCCCCAGCCGCAUCAGAGGCAGCGGAGCCGUGGCAGGAGCAGGAGUUUGUCUCAGCAGCACCCACUGCAGCGAGAGCUGCCCGGCCCUGAGCGCGUCCCCAGCCCCGAGGGAAGGGUCAUCCCUUCAGCACCACCAUGGCCAGGGCUGCCAGAGCCCAGAGCUGCUGGCACCGUCCCUCUCCUCCAGUGGGAAGAGGCACUGGCCUGGCUGGCAGAGCAGAUCUGA